CUCUCUGCUGCACACUGACUGCUGAACUCAGUAGUCGCUGCUGGAGUAUCGAGCCGAUUGUGUGUGUUUUCUUGCUGCCUCUUGGCGUCGUGUCGUGCUGUUGCAGCGGUGCGUUGUUGUCGUGAGAGGAUACACACACACGCACACACUGAGCCGACAACGAGAUAAAUAAAAACAGCAGCAACUAACAGUAUCGUUACUCGUCGUUCGAUGUUAGCUCAAAGUUCGUAAAACCUCGCGAGAGCAUCGCGUAGGAAAUAUCUCUGGGCUACUGCCGCUGCUGCCCUUCGAGAGUGCAUAUACAGUCUCUCUCUCUCUCUUUCUCUACUGUUCGUGCGGUGUGUGUUUAUGUGUGUAUAAUACGUGUGUUGUUAUACUACUCGUGCUGUCCAUGUUAAGAGUACACAGCGUGCAGUAGAGAGCGACGACUAUAUACAGCGAAAAAUAUACAACAUCAACGCUGUAUGCAGACUCCGCGAAGCGGCUCCAUAAUAUUCGAGUGCAGCACGUAUAUAUUAUAACCCCUCUUUUCGUGUGCUCGCGUGCGCGCGCGUGUGUGUCUGUGUUAGUCAACCUGCUGUGUCUACGCUGUGACUGUAUAGCGCAGCAUCUGUCUCUGUAUUAUACAUCGUUAUCACAUGUGCGACGCGUUACUCUUUCCAGAUUAAUCAUACAUAGUGCGUGUGUGUGCGUUUGUAUCUCUCCAUCUCUCUGAUCUUCUAAUGAAGUGCGAAAAAGUGCUCUGAACAGAAAAAAAACGUGCGCCGUCGACGCAACUCUUUCUAUAUAAAUUUUCCAACGUUGUACUGCGAGCUGCAUACAGUGGGCUGUGGCUAUAACGCGACGAGCUAGAGAAUCAGCGCAGUGGCAGCAGCAGGGGCUACCUACCACCACGACUACGUAGCGCUAGUCUACUCUCGCCGCUCUCCUCUCUAUAUACGAGAAUCGUCCAUUAACGCCUCUCCGACUCUCUCUCUCGGCUCGCGCACUACUAGCUCUCCCAUAUAUAUGUACCAAGUCAGAGAGUGAGAAUGAGAGAGAGAAGGAGAGAGGAGAAGGAGGAAUUUUAACGGCGCGGAGAGCUGUCGGCACCUCCUGUGGCGCUUCGAGUUAAAGAUGAGGACUCGGAGCGGAGGUCUUUGACGCGAGGAGUGUGGCAACGACAACAACAAUAACAACAACAGCAAAAACAGCAGCAACCCCCCGAAAGAACAAACAAAUAUACGCGAAUGAUGCACCACCAGCGCCGUCAGAAGCCACCGCCGGAGCGCAGAAAAUAAGAAAUAGCUCGCACGCGCGCGUGUCUGUGCCGAAGAAAAAUCAAUCCUCUUCCUAUCUGGCUCUGCUCUUUUUUUUCGCCACCCGUGUGCCGUGCUGCUGCUGCUUUUUUAUACCCAUGUCGAGAUAACACAUACGCAUCGGCGCACGCACGCACGCAGCCCGUCUACCUUCGCAUAGCAGCGCACUUUUUUUUUGCUUCAAGAGACAGCCCGAGGGAAAUCUCUCUCUCUCUCGACUUCGUGCGUGUGCAUGUACCAUCUGUGAUAAUAUAUAGAAGAAGAAGAAGAAGAAGAGCAGCCGAGUUUGUCAUAUACAAAUAGAAAGGAGGCAAAUAUCGUUACAUUGAUAUCGUUCAUAUUGCGGCGACGAAGCAGUAGCAGACAGCGACGAUGAUGGGCUUUCCAAGACGACGCUCGCUCUGGCUGAAAGUGGCCAUCCUGGCCGGUGCCGUGUGGCUGACAGUAUGUUUCCUGCUCUACACGGAGGACAGACAGGCGGCCGCCGCGGUGGCCGUGGACGAUCAGCAGCAACACGAGGCGCAACAACUGGUGGGCGCCGCCGCAGGUCCACCGCAGCCAAUUCAGAUGGCCAACGGUUUCGUGCCCCCGCAGGUGCAGUCGAUCAAGAGAGAGACCCAGGGCAACUCGGGCCAGAGCAAGUCCAAGAUGAAUAAUCAGGCGGGACCCGAGCAAGGUGGCGGCGUGCUGGUGGCACCGAGGGAUCAAGACGCCUCGGCGCCCGGCGAGAUGGGUCGACCGGUCGUCCUCCCGACGAAUCUCACUGCGGAAACGAAGAAGCUCGUCGACGACGGCUGGAUAAAUAAUGCCUUCAAUCAGUACGCUAGCGAUUUGAUUUCCGUGCAUCGCUCGCUGCCCGAUCCUCGCGAUCCAUGGUGCAAAGAACCGGGCCGAUACCAGAAGGACCUACCCCCGACCGCCGUGAUCAUCUGCUUCCACAACGAGGCGUGGUCGGUGCUGCUGCGCACGGUGCAUUCGGUGCUCGAUCGAUCGCCCGAUCACCUGAUCCAGGAGAUCAUUCUCGUCGACGACUACUCCGACAUGCCCCACCUGAAACGCCAACUGGAAGACUACAUGAUGAACUAUCCCAAGGUGCGCAUACUGCGCGCCCAGAAGCGCGAGGGUCUCAUCCGCGCCCGCCUGCUGGGCGCCACCGUGGCGACGGCGCCCGUGCUCACCUACCUCGACAGUCACUGCGAGUGCACCGAGGGCUGGCUCGAGCCCCUCCUCGAUCGCAUCGCGCGCAACCAGACCACCGUGGUCUGUCCCGUGAUCGACGUGAUCGACGACACGACCCUCGAGUAUCACUGGCGCGACUCGGGCGGCGUGAACGUGGGCGGCUUCGACUGGAAUCUCCAGUUCAACUGGCACAGCGUGCCCGAGCGCGAGAAGAAGCGCCACAAGAACCCGGCGGAGCCCGUGUGGUCGCCCACCAUGGCCGGGGGCCUGUUCGCCAUCGAUCGGCAGUUCUUCGAGCGACUCGGCACCUACGACAGCGGCUUCGAUAUCUGGGGCGGCGAGAAUCUCGAGCUCUCGUUCAAGACCUGGAUGUGCGGAGGUACGCUGGAGAUCGUGCCGUGCUCGCACGUCGGACACAUCUUCCGCAAACGCUCACCCUACAAAUGGCGCAGUGGCGUGAACGUGCUCAAGAGGAACAGCAUCAGGCUCAGCGAAGUCUGGCUCGACGAGUACGCCAAGUACUACUAUCAGAGGAUAGGUCACGACAAGGGAAAUUUCGGCGACGUGUCGGAGCGCAAAGCCCUGAGGAAGAAUCUCGGCUGCAAGUCCUUCAAGUGGUACCUCGACAACAUCUAUCCGGAGCUCUUCAUACCCGGCGAGGCCGUGGCGUCGGGCGAGGUGAGAAACCUGGGCGAGGGGGUGAACGCCUGCCUGGACUCGCCGGCACGAAAGAGCGAUUUGCACAAACCGGCUGGACUCUAUCCGUGUCAUCGCCAAGGAGGCAACCAGUACUGGAUGCUGAGCAAGACCGGCGAGAUUCGCCGGGACGAGUCGUGUCUGGAUUACAGCGGCACCGACGUCAUACUCUAUCCUUGCCACGGCAGCAAGGGCAAUCAGCAAUGGAUUUACAAUACACAGACGAAGCAGAUUCGCCACGAGAGCAGCGGCAAGUGCUUGGCCAUAACCGAGAGCAAGCAGCGCCUGCUGAUGGAGGACUGCUCGCUGACGGCGCCCCGACAGAGAUGGGCGUUCGAGAAUUACGAUCCCUCGAAGCUGUGAUAUCGCGUACCCUUGAGGGCGCUCCAACUCCAGUAGCACUACUACAACUAUUAUUAUUAUUACAAUUAAAAGAAAAACAAAAAGAGGGACGGCGCGUUGUUACGCAUAUAAUAAUGAUGAUGAUACAACAAUAUACAUUCCAAGACUUCUUCUGUUUUUUAUUUAAAAAGGCUCGACUCUCCCGUGGUUCUUGGAGACUCUUUUUCAUUUUUUUCUUCCAAGAGCGCGUGCGAUCGAUCGACCGAUCGAUGAUGAUGAUUAGUGCGUGACCCAAGACUUAUUAGACGCCAAGUUCCAAGACGACGACCAAGAAUAAUCGUGUUAUAAAAUUGUGUUCGAGACUGCGUCUUUACAUAUGCAUUAUUAUGAAUAUAUAUCAAUUGUCUAUCGUUAAUUAUUAUAUACCACUGUCAAAACGCGCACAUUAUAUGUGUAACAGAAAAAAAACAUUAAUAAUAAUAAUAAUAAUAAUGGGAAGAGACAAGCGAGAAUAAUUGAUUAUAUAUUUUUUCAUGAUAAAUGGCGGUGAUUGUACGCAUGUAUCGAGGCGAAUGUGUCAUACACAUUACUCGCAUGUAUGCUUACACUUGCACUUGAUAUAUAUAUAAUAUGUAUAGAUAUACAUAAACACAAUUAUAUAUUAUAAUAUAUACAUGAUAUAUGCGCUAUUCUCGAUUAUAAUAAUGUGUAGGACCUUUUUUGUACAUUUCUGUAAAAUAAUGACUAUCUAUUUAGAUAUCUGUACUUGUCAAAUCUACGAUUUUCAAAAUGCAAUGCCAGUUUUUAUUUUAGACUUAAAGAAAAAAAAAUAUAUGAUAUAUUAUUAUUAUCGGUUAAAAUGUAGUCCUUAAAAUUACUGAAAAUGAUAAAAUACUAUCGAUUCCACAUGAUAUAUUACGUCUAAUCGUUUCUACUUUUAUGGCAGGAGCGAGAGAAUGUCUGUGUGUGCGUGAGUAUGCGCGUGGAUCGUUGCGCGAGCGAUACUAAUGUGAUUCAAAAGCAUAAGAUUAUCGUUAUUGAAAUUUAAUCUGAGUGGUUUGAUAGGAUUUACGCAUUAUAAGAUUCGCAAUGAAUGGUGCUGUGCAAAUGAUAGAGACAAAUAAAUUGCGUCUUCGUUUAAAAAUUAUGAGGAUUUAGGAAGGAAGCGAGAGACAGGAUAGGAAGGAAGAGUAAUAAAGUUAUCCGGCGUUUUAUAUACGAGUCAGGGAAGAAAGGAUAAGUUUAGAUUUACUCUUAUUCAAUUUAUGUUUAUUCUAUAUACAUAUAUAGUUGCCAAUUAUUCCGAAUAAAUCGAUCGAGUGGUUCGUUUGUAUUUACCGUGUGCUCGAAAAAACUUUUCUGCGUGCUCGCUCAAUCGUAAAAUCCACGAUUCUAAUCCUGACUGUAAAGUGUAUUGUGUACAUAUAUUUACGUGUGAUUGUAACGAUACACCAGACUUGGAGAUUGCCAAUGAAUUGUUGAGAUUUUGCGUUCGAUGGCAUUUACAUUUUUAUGUACCAUUCCAGAGGUACGGUACUCGAAACGAAAGGCAAUGCGUGAGUGUGUGUGUGUGUGUGUGUGCGUUAUUUACAAUAAAAACGUAUUCUAUUUGUAACGAUUCAAUUUCCAAGAGAAUCGUAUGUAUUUGAUUGAUUUUGAAAAUCCAAUCAUGCAAUAUCAUUCUACUUAUAAUUGUAUCCGUUGUUAAUUCGUUCGCUUCAAUGCCGAACGAGCGUCUUUAAUUAUUUUUCAAGUUUCUACAAAAGUAUUGUGUUUAAAAGAGAAUUACGAAUGUAAUUUAUGUUUAUGCAUUUAAGAUGUUAUCAUAUUACGCGAAUAAUUUAUGAAAUACGCAUGUCUAAGUAUUUAUAAAGAAAAUUUAUGGUAAAAUUUAUAUGACGUGAGCAAUCGAGGACGUUUUUCUACGUUUGCUAAUGAGGAAUGCGCGUGUAUUAUGCAGCAGCAUAUCAUCAAUAAGUGAAAGUGACAUACUCCAUGUAAGAUUAUAAAGCAAAACAAAAAAAAAACAACAGAAAUGUGUAUUCCGUUGAGUUUUAAGUAAAAUAUAAUCGUGAUGCGCCACGCGAUUCAUUGUCGAUGUAAUAUCGAAUGUGCCUUAUGAAAGAAAAAAAAAAUUAUUCGUGUAAAUAAUAUUAUAGAUAAUUCGAGUAUUCAAAACAGAGAAAAACAUAGAAUUAAAACUAAAAGU